AAGCAGUAGUUUUCUUGUUGUUUCAGAUCAUUUGUGCAGAGCAUCGAGCACAUCUGGAGAGAGCAGGAGGACAUCCACUUUUGAGGACUGGCCCCUCGGUAAAGGAAAGGGGCGGGGUCAGAGCUGGUGUUGGAUUUCACAGCCAGAGAACGUGACUGCAAUGGUUGCCCUUGCGAGAGCCGUGCCAAACUUGCCUGCUCGCUGAAAAAAAGAAAAAAAUAAAAAAUAAAAAGAGAGAGAGAGAGAGAGAGAGAGAAAGCGGCUCGCCGUCUCUUAUCUUACGGUUUUUGCCGAGGGGCAGGUGGGGAAAGCGGGAGGUGGGGGGGUUAUUGAAUAGGCAAGUGUCACACGGCAGAGCCACCGUUUGCAGAUUUGAGAGUCGGCAGAAAACUUUGAGAAGGGAGAGUAACCACCGCGGAGAGAUUACAGCUGCGCGGCUGAACUUCCAGCAGCAGCAGCGGCAGGAGCAGGAGCAGGAGCGGCGGCGGCAAGCAGCCCGAGGGGGGACCGGGAGGAGGAGUCAACAGGUCCCAGAGCUUAGGAGCUGCAAUCGAUUCAAGGGGAGAUUUCCUUGGCCAAGGACAGGGAGAUUGACGUUUUUGGGUGCAGGGCCAUGCUGCGGGGCUACAGGCAGGCAGACUCGGAGGCAGGCCCGCAACCUCGACCCCAGCAUCAUUUGUUUGGACGAGGGCCGUCAGCGCCUGUCGCGCGGCCCAUGAUGAAGUGUCAGUCGAAGAAGGGCUCGUCCGAGCAAUCGAUGCGGGCAGUCCACCAGCCGGAAGCCCAGUUGGCCGAGCGGCACACCACUCAAUCAGUCUGAGCAGCAACACAGAGGGGCUGCUGGCGACCGACAGAGGCAGAAGCUUGUUGACUGCAAAGAGGACGCCUGUGCAAGGAGAAGAGCUUUGUCUCGGCACCAUGUGAUCCUGCCUUACCUAGGAGCGCUAGGAGAGUGAAUCUACGCUCCCUAAAAAGCAUCACAACCACUAGCACCCCUAUCACCACUAUCACCACUCCUGACUGCAGUCAUCAAAGGCACCUGUUCUUGACUCAACUUGCCUUCUGUCUCCGUCACCCCCUUCAUCUUGAAGAUAAGGAAUGGCCGUGCGAGUUUCGAGCUUCUCAAACACCUCUCGCAAAUAAGGCCUUUCAGCUUGUUUCACAAUAGCGGAGAAAGGAAGGAUAAAACAGUCCUCUUUUAUACUUCCGCCCUGCGUCUCUUUAUCAGUGUUUCCUUAGUAAUUCAAUCCUCAACACACACAUUCACUAAACCAACAGGCUUUUUUGUCUUGGUGACAUUUUAAGGACACCAGCACACAAGGAUUGUUUUUUUUAUAUUUUUUUUAUUGGAAUAUCUACUCAUGCAGUGUCCCUAUGGGGGAUUAAGUCAACACAGGAAUCCACACUGACUCCUCUCUUAGUUAGACCUUGUUAAGGUGGUUUUUCAGUGAGAUCUGUCUGUGACUGGAGGUGGACUGAAGCCAUCAUGGCUGGGAAGGGCAACCCGGUGCCGGGCCCCCACCUCAACGGCUUCCCCAUGCCCACAUACUCCUACUUCUUCCCCCACAUGUUGGGGAGCCUGUCGCCUCCAGCUCUGCCGGGACUGCCCAUCAGCGGGUACAGCACCCCGUCACCAGCCACGAUAGAGACCCAGAGUACCAGCUCAGAGGAGAUAGUGCCAAGCCCGCCCUCGCCUCCCCCGCCGCCCCGCGUCUACAAGCCCUGCUUUGUGUGCCAGGACAAGUCCUCAGGGUACCACUAUGGUGUCAGCGCCUGUGAGGGCUGCAAGGGCUUCUUUCGGAGAAGCAUCCAGAAGAACAUGGUGUACACUUGUCACCGGGAGAAGAACUGCAUCAUUAACAAAGUCACCCGCAACCGCUGCCAGUACUGUCGGCUGCAGAAGUGCCUGGAAGUCGGGAUGUCCAAGGAGUCGGUGAGAAACGACCGGAACAAGAAGAAAAAGGAUGAGAAGAAGCAGGAGUGCACAGAGAGCUACGUGCUGAGUCCCGACACAGAGCAGAUGAUCGACAGGGUUCGCAAGGCACACCAGGAAACUUUCCCCUCUCUCUGCCAGUUGGGCAAAUACACUACGACUAACAGCUCAGAACGACGUGUAUCCUUGGACGUAGACCUGUGGGACAAGUUCAGCGAACUCUCCACCAAGUGCAUCAUAAAGACAGUGGAGUUUGCUAAGCAGCUGCCCGGCUUUACAACGCUUACGAUCGCAGAUCAGAUCACUCUGCUGAAGGCAGCCUGUCUGGACAUCCUGAUACUCCGAAUCUGUACACGCUACACACCAGAGCAAGACACCAUGACUUUCUCAGAUGGACUCACGCUAAACCGAACCCAGAUGCACAAUGCUGGCUUCGGUCCCCUUACCGACCUGGUUUUUGCCUUUGCCAACCAGCUCCUUCCUCUGGAGAUGGAUGAUGCAGAGACAGGGCUACUCAGCGCCAUCUGUUUGCUGUGUGGAGAUCGCCAGGACUUGGAACAGGCAGAGAAGGUGGACGUCCUGCAAGAGCCCCUCCUGGAGGCGUUGAAGAUUUACGUAAGGAGGAGGAGGCCUCACAAACCGCACAUGUUCCCCAAGAUGCUUAUGAAGAUCACUGAUCUGAGGAGCAUCAGUGCUAAAGGAGCUGAGCGUGUCAUCACCCUGAAGAUGGAGAUCCCCGGCUCUAUGCCUCCUCUCAUCCAGGAGAUGCUGGAGAACUCAGAAGGCCUGGAAAGUGGGGCCGCAGGCGGCCGGCCCAGCGGUGCCCCACCAGGAAGCUGCAGUCCCAGUCUGUCACCUAGCUCUGCCCAAAGCAGUCCAGCCACACAAUCGCCGUAGUAGCGGCCCACCUUUUUAUUUUUCCUCACGAUGCUCUCUGUCUCCUCCCUCAACGUUCUAAAGAGGAGGGGCGAAGGAGGGGGGCCUUGACCCUGACUGCUGAACGCAGGAGACCGGCAGAGCCAACCUCCUCCUCUGCUACGACACAAAUCCCCACCUCCUGAUCUGCUUUCCCUCACUCUGGAGCACCAUCCUGAUGUGAGGGGAGGUAAGGCCGGGGUAGGCCGGGGACAACAGGAUGCCUCCGAGAGACCACACCGUAAACACUGCUGAUGACUCAUCCUCCUUCUCCCUCCACUCUCCUCUCCACCGCUGCUCCUCCCCUCUCCACCUUUCUCCAAAAGACUCAUGGAAACAAAUCUGGAUGCAGUGGAGAUCAGACCGAGAGUGGGUGGAGCACCAUGGGACAAAUAUAUGAACAAGGACAAUGCAUACAGACUUGACAAACACCAGACACUUUUUUUCUGUUGUACUCUGAGGCAGACUGCAAGCUUGGGACUUGUCAAAAGACCCCCCCUCCUCAAAGACUCUGGGUCUUUUCUCUUUUUCCAACUUCAAAAAAACAGAUUUCGUACAAAAGAUAUAUAAAUAUAUAUAGAAAAAGUUAAGGAACUAUUGUGAUUGAACAUGUUCGGAACAGAAUGGCAGGUUGAAAUGUGGACAUGUUUUCUGAGAUUAGAAAUUGUUGUACUCCUUCACUGUUUGAAUCUUUUCAUACCCAUCAAGAGUAUUGAGAGAGACGUUUCAGUUUUAUCACAUUUGUACAUUAUUCUAAUUAACAAAAAGUAAAAGAUCUUGAAAUUUCUCUCCAAUCUACACAUGCAAACACAAACAAACAAACACACACACAGACACACAGACACACACACAAAUGUGCACAGAAAACAAGUCGCAAUGAAUAUCACCUACUAUUCCAGGUUGGAUUUGUUUUCCUUUUUUUCUUUCUUUUUUUUUUCGCUUCCAAGAGAAUGGAAAAAAUGAUUGUAUGAACUUGGUUGUAUGAUAUGGUCACAGGUCCUUUCAAGAAAUCAAAUUAAUGAAGAUUCAUUAUUAAGGUGUAUUUUAAGUAGCCUUUGAGUUUGUGUAUAUAAGCUGUAUUCAUUUCUUUAAAACUAUGAAGAGUUUUAGGCUUCACCUGAUAUUUUUUUUUUUUUUUUUUUUUAAAGAAUACCUUUUAUGUGUUUUGUUUAUAGGUUUGUGAUGCAAGAAAAAAGACAUUUUGAGCACAUUUUACUGAAGGAAGUUCUUUCAUGUUUUGUGUCCUACUAAAUACUGGACAGACCCUUAACCAAUCACUGGCUGUUCAGAAUGUGGCUUUCACAAACAAUUUCAACACCCACCUCCUCCACCCCCUACACUUUAAAAACAUGUUUUUUUACAUACAGUAGAUAACAAAGUAGCACUCUUGUCGGGGCAAAGCUUUUUUUUUGGCCAUGUAGCAGAAAGAGAUUAGGUGUUUUUCUGAAACCGGUGAGCUCGAUGCCACUUGUAGCCAACCAGGUUCAAGUGCACUACAGCAGCUCAGCUUCAAAGAGAAUUAAAAUGUGAAGAAUGGUGUAUACACACACACUGUAUUAAACACAAGUGAUUCUCAGUAGUCUCUGAAUGGAUCAAGACUCUGUCGUGGAUGGGGAAAGACCAGAUUGUAGUUAUCCCUCUGCUCUGUCAGUGGUCAGGCAAGUGAAGGUCCCAAAUGUGAUGUCUGUCAACUAAGUCCUCACAAAUCCCCCCCUGGCAAACUGUGGUAGAUACAAAUAUGUGACUUUUUGUCAGAUCCAGAGCAACCUUGCACCCUGCGACUCACUUUACGCCAAAACGCCUUCACCGUUAACACACACAUCAUCAAGACCAUCAUUACUGUACACACGCCAAUGUCUCAGGAAGGAAUCAUUUUGUGUGCUUGGCCUGUUCUUUGUAUAUGUUCUGUGCUGCACCUCCUAACCCUCCUGUCACAGAUGCACACAUACACACACACUUCUGCUACUGAGCCCCUGAAUUUUUCUUCAGUCACUCAUUUUGUUAGGCCUGGCAGACCAGGACUCGUGCAGAGAGACACCGACCCUGAUCUCCCGCAACAUUACGACAUAGGAUGCCAGUGUCUCUCUGAGACGUUCAUGUGUUCUUUUUAUUUGUACGGUCAAAGCUGCUUUCAUCAUUUAGGACUUCACCUGUCCAGAACAGCGCACAACUUUUCCCUCCACAGCUAAUCUGGAAUAGCAACAGACACACCGUCAGUUUGAGAAGUAUGGAAUAUGUUGCAAUUUUGUCAAGAUUAUCAAGCGACUUUGAAAAAAAAAAAAAACAACAAAAAAAGAUAAAAAAUAAAACCAACAUUUAAUAAUUA